CCUUGUCUUGCCCAUACUUUAAUAUACCUUACUUUACACCUACCCGAAGGUAACCUAUAUUAAUUUUCCUUUUAACUUAUUAUAUAUAUGAUGAUGCUAAUGUAUAUUAUCAAGAGAGAGGGCCACCAGCCACUCCCUCUAACCUGUCUCACCAACUCACAUGAUCUAGAAGCAAUUAGGGUCACUUCUCUCACUCUCACUCUCCCUCUCUCUCUCUCUCUCUCUCUCUCUCUCUCUCUCUGUGAAUAAAAAAGCUCACAUAUAAUAAAGCCAUGCUGAGCUCCCUGCAUAAAGCGCGCGCGGCCUAGAGAAGCAGGAAAAAUAUAACUCCAUUUUUGUAAAUCCAAGCAGCACUAGUACUACUUCUACUCUUAUCGGUAAUUGAUACACUCAAAUGGGAAGGUCUCCUUGCUGCGAGAAAGCUCACACAAACAAAGGAGCAUGGACCAAAGAAGAAGAUGAUCGUCUUAUCGCAUAUAUCCGAGCUCACGGCGAGGGGUGCUGGCGCUCACUCCCUAAAGCCGCUGGCCUUCUCCGAUGUGGCAAAAGUUGCCGGCUCCGCUGGAUUAACUAUCUCCGUCCCGACCUCAAACGUGGCAACUUCACUGAAGAAGAAGACGAGCUCAUCAUCAAACUCCAUAACCUUCUUGGUAACAAGUGGUCCCUGAUAGCAGGGAGAUUACCAGGGAGAACAGAUAAUGAGAUAAAGAACUACUGGAACACCCAUAUAAGAAGAAAACUUCUGAACAGAGGAAUUGACCCUGCAACUCACAGGCCAAUCAACGAGGCUACUCAGGAUGAAACCACCAUAUCUUUUGCUGCCUCUGCAGUCAAAGAAGAAGAAAAAAGUGGGGUUGGGGAGAAGGACAUAAAAAGAUCAGUAGUACUUCAAGAACGGUGUCCGGACUUGAACCUUGAGCUUACGAUUUGCCCUCCUUACCAAAACCAGAAUGAGCCAUUGGAGAAGACUGGUGUAGUGAGUCUAUGUUUUGCUUGCAGCUCGGGAUUGCAGAAUGGUAAGGAUUGCAGUUGCAGGAUUUCUACUAUUGGUAGCAGUACCAGUGGUAGCAGUACUGCUCCUGGUUAUGAUUUCUUGGGGAUGAAAAGCGCAGUGUUGGACUACAGAAGCUUGGAAACGAAAUGAGAUGGAACUUGGUUUGAAUUAUUUAACUCAACAGAUUGGAGUGAAACAACAUGUCUAGCUUUCUCUCUUCUCUAAUUUGUAUAAUUAGUAAUGAAUAGUGAUCAUACAGUACCAUUAUUACAUGAGUUGAACAUUAUUGGUGAA